CCAUCCAAUUCCUUUAAUUAAUUUGGUGUUUCUAGAAAAAUAAUUAUUACAAAUGGGAGCACUGGAUUACAUCUUCUACUUUUGCACCGUUCCAACCACAAAAAGAAAACUCAAAUCAAUGCAGACAGUUGAGAUUAAAGUCAAAAUGGAUUGCGAUGGAUGUGAACGAAAGGUUAGAAAUGCAGUCGCUACAAUGAGAGGAGUGAAAUCAGUGAAUAUAAACAGAAAAGAAAGCAAAGUAAGCGUGAAUGGUUAUGUGGAUGCAAACAAGGUGUUGAAGAGGGUAAAAGAAACGGGUAAAAAAAGAGCAGAAUUUUGGCCAUAUGUUCCACAACAUGUUGUGACAUAUCCGCAUGCUUCGGGUGUUUAUGAUAAAAGGGCACCUCCCAAUUGUGUCCGAACCUCUCAAACAUUUCCUACUUCUUCACAAGACACUCAAGAUCAACUCUUAAACUUCUUCAAUGAAGACAACGUUAAUUCAUGCUCCAUCAUGUAACAAUAACAACAUGUUUAUUUGGUGGAAAAAUGAGUCAAUUAUAUAUACAUAGGAUGUACCUUUUUUUUUUAUAUCACGUAUGGGAUUU